AGGAGGGAGCUGCAGGCACAGCCACCCUGGCAGAGCUCCGGACAGCGCAGGGGCGUCAGGCCUCACCGGCCUGGGGGAUGCAGGCCACGGCCCUGUCCCGUGGCCCCUGAGCCACAUGGCCUCCCUGGGUUCCAGGACACCUACUCCCAACGCAUCGCCAGGCAGGAGAAGAGCCAUGUGCUGGGUCAGUGCCAUCAGCUUCAUGGCGUCCGAGGAGAUGCACUGGCCCGUCCCUAUGAAAGCCAUUGGUGCCCAGAACCUGCUCACCAUGCCAGGGGGCGUGGCCAAGGCUGGCUACCUGCACAAGAAGGGUGGCACCCAGCUGCAGCUGCUCAAGUGGCCCCUGCGCUUUGUCAUCAUCCACAAACGAUGCAUUUACUACUUCAAGAGCAGCACGUCCGCCUCCCCGCAGGGUGCCUUCUCGCUGAGCGGCUACAACCGGGUGAUGCGAGCGGCUGAGGAGACAACGUCCAACAAUGUCUUCCCCUUCAAGAUUGUCCACAUCAGCAAGAAGCACCGCACAUGGUUCUUCUCUGCUUCCUCUGAGGACGAGCGCAAGAGCUGGAUGGCCUUGCUGCGCAGGGAGAUUGGCCAUUUCCACGAGAAGAAGGAGCUGCCCCCGGAAGCCAGCGACUCCAGCUCAGACACAGACAGCUUCUACGGCGCAGUUGAGCGGCCUGUGGACAUCAGCCUCUCUCAGUACCCCACGGACAAUGAAGACUAUGAGCAUGACGAUGAGGACGACUCGUACAUGGAGCCUGACUCCCCUGAGCCCGUGAAGCCCGAAGAUGCCCUGACCCACCCGCCAGCCUACCCGCCACCUCCUGUGCCCACGCCCAGGAAGCCAGCCUUCUCUGACGUGCCCCGUGCCCACUCCUUCAUCUCAAAGGGCCUGGGCCCUCUGCUGCCACCCCCACCCCCUAAGCGUGGUGUCUCUGAUGCUGGCCCAGCCCUCGAGGACUCGAAGAGGGAACUGCCGGGCCUGAGGCGGGCUGAGCCUGGCCUCAGGGUGCCUGCUGCCUCCCGGAGGAUGAGUGACCCUCCAGUGGGCAGCCUGCCCACUGUGCCCAGCCUCCAGAAAUCCCCUUGCUUCCGUGAGAGCACCAGCCCCAGCCCAGAGCCUCGGGUCCCCAGCCAUGGGGCCAGCUCUGCCUCUAGCGCUGCUACCACGGCCACUGUUGCCUCCAAGAACUGUGACAAGCUCAAGUCCUUCCACCUGUCCCCCCGGGGGCUGUCCACGUCCGAGCCCCCACCGGUGCCAGCCAACAAGCCCAAGUUCCUGAAAAUGACUGAAGAGGCCCCCCCGAGGGAGGCAGCCAAGCCCGGACUCUUUGUGCCCCCUGUGGCCCCCAGGCCUCCUGCACUGAAGCUGCCUAUGCCCGAGACCACAGCCAGGCCCGCAGUCCUGCCCAGGCCAGAGAAGCCACCCCUCCCCCACCUCCAGCGGUCGCCCCCCGAUGGGCAGAGUUUCAGGAGCUUCUCCUUUGAAAAACCCCGGCGGCCCUCACAGGUUGACACCACGCGUGCUGACACUGGUGGGGAGGACUCUGAUGAAGACUAUGAGAAGGUGCCACUGCCUAACUCGGUCUUUGUCAACACCACAGAAUCCUGUGAAGUUGAAAGGUUAUUCAAAGCCACGAACCCCCGGGGAGAGCCCCAGGAUGGACUCUAUUGCAUCCGGAACUCCUCCACUAAGUCGGGGAAGGUUCUGGUCGUGUGGGACGAAACCUCUGACAAGGUGAGGAACUACCGCAUCUUUGAGAAGGACUCUAAAUUCUACCUGGAGAGCGAGGUCCUGUUUGUGAGUGUGGGCAGCCUGGUGGAACACUACCACACCCACGUGCUGCCCAGCCACGAGAGCCUGCUGCUGCAGCACCCCUACGGCUACGCUGGGCCCAGGUGACACCUGUGCCGUGCACUGCUGGGCAGAGGUGACCCUGGGGGCCAUGACCCCAGGCCAUGCGGAUGAAGACUGGCCUGCAUGGGAGCGUGAGCAGGAACAAGCACAGUGCUGUGACCUGGGGCCUCCCCCACUGACACCCUAUAGAAUCUGCCAGGCCAGGCCCCACCCAGCAGGCUGGGUCCCCUGGGCUAGGCCAGGCCCUGGGCUCCAGAGGACUGGGGACUCUCCUAUCCCACCCUGCCUGCCCUGCCCACUUCUCAGGAGCCCAGGGUCCCAGGACAGAGCCCUGCCUGGGCUUCACAGAUAGGAAUUCUGGUCCCCCUCAGCAUACCCAUCCUGCGCUGGGCUAGGAGCUGGGCAGGGUUGGGGCAUUUGGGCUGGGGGCAGGGGCUGGCCCCAGGAUCCCCCAGGAACGCUAAGACACAGGCUCCAGGAGGGGCUGUUGCCACACAAUAAAGCACAGAAGACCUUU